AUGUGUGGAGAGGAAGACGAAACAGUCAUGCAUAUGUUGCUAGGCUGUUCUAGUGUUCACUCGAUAUGGAGAUUUUCUGCCUUGAGAUUGGAAUUAAAAAUUGAUGGAACGAGGGGGCUUGUGGAAUGGUAUAAUGAUAUGAUGGAAAUAGUUAAAGAAACAAAGUGGUGGGAGUUAUUCUGGUGUUUGGCGUGGGGGAUUUGGUUGAGAAGGAAUGGAUGGGUCUUUGAAGGGAGGAGGAAGAAUGUUGGGGAUAUCAUCCACAAAGCGUCCAACCUUGUUGGGGAGUUUGAAGAGGCUAGGCUAAAAGAUGUAAUAGAACAACCAAUUCAGAAGUUAGCAUCAAUUUGGAAAGCCCCGAAUGCAGGGCUCUAUAAGCUGAAUACGGAUGCCUCCUGUGUUGAUCAACAAACGCUGGGAAUUGGAGGUGUGCUGCGAGACAGAGUGGGGGAUGUGCUGCUAGCAUGCUGCUCAUGCUUGAAGGGGACGUUUGAAGUGGAUGUAGGGGAAGCAUUAGCCAUGAGGCACUGCCUACGGAUAGUUAUAGAAGCUGGGUUCAGGGAGAUCAUGAUUGAAACGGACAAUAUGAAAUUAUUCCAGCAUCUGCAGAAGGGUUGCAUAACUCCAAAUGCUUUCGGCAAAGUGGUGAUGGAUGUGCUAAAGAUUAUUAGAGAAUGUAGACGAGUAGUGUUUUCUUUUGUUAAAAAGACGGGCAAUGGAGUAGCGGAUAAAUUAGCUAGAUUAAGUUGCAAUUACAGUGAGAGUCGUGUUUGGCUUGAAAAGUACCCUCUUGAACUUCAAGAAGCUAUUUGUAAGGACUUAACAAACUUGAUGCUUUAA